GCUCCAGCAGGAGCGCACACACGCUCCAGUCGCAGAGAGAAGAGGAGUUCUAGCUCAGAUCGGAACCAGACUUUGUUUUUCGGGACAUUUUUUGCGCCGUUGAAUCUAAAAACCUUCAUCUGAGUCCGAGAGGAUUUACUAAAUCUAUCCCAGACGCGUCUCGGGAUUAAAGAUCUCACCCCGCAGGAUUUGAAAAGAAGACUCUGGAAAACUCACACUGUUUCUUCCAGAGAAAAGACUAAAGGGAGAAACCUUCUCAGAGCGACUUUGAUCAUCUGAGCCGUCCCAGAGAUGGUGGGGCAUUUACAUUUACAAGCGAUGGAUGAAAGUCUGAAAGGAAAGAACAGGGAAGGGCUGCUCGACAGUCCGGAUUCGGGCUUGCCCCCCAGUCCCAGUCCGCCUUUCUGCUCUAUGUCUCCGGCUCUGACCGGCUGCUCAACGCCCGUGGAGAGCGCUGCUGGCGUGGAUAAGGACAGCAGCAAGGAGGGCAAACUGCUGCCCUACCUGCUGCUGAACUGUGCAGGAAGUGACCCAAAGACCCGCAUGCACCCCGUCUUCUUUGGAGAAAGCAUCAAGGUCAACCCCAGACCAGAGCAGGAAAUCAAAUGUUCCUCAGAGGUCAAGUACGACUCAGACAAGCAUUACAGAGACCAGGUGCUCUGCGCCUCCGUUCCCACACCCACCUCCUUCAGUGAGACAGUGGUGGCGGUGCAAAACUGCACUUGGAGGAGCUACAAGACGCAGGUGUACCUGGAGCCCCGUCAAAAGCCCGUCAGAUACCAGAGCACCACCAUCAUCUACCCAAAGCACGCCAAGAACACUUACCGCACCACACUCAGCUACAACGCCACCAGCUCCCGCCGCUGGUUCGUCUCCACGGUGCAGCUGGAGUCCAGCGAGGACACAAGUCCCUGCAUCAUCUACACGGAGAACCUGUAGGGUCCUGACAGGAAAAGGACCCCAUCGUGACCCAGGAGGCUCCUGUGUGUGUUAACUCUAACCGUUUCACCGGAGUGCUGCAGCUUCAAAGGAGCCGUUCAAAUCUGCACAUCAGUGGUCUCAAGUCUUAUUUAAUGUCAGAGCGGACUCAGCUGGAGCAUCUGCUCUCCUGCAGGCUCAGCUUCCCAUCAGAGGAUUUCAGCACAAACUCUCUGUUGCACCUGAACUCGUCACAGUGAACUCUCUCAGUGCUGCCUCUGAAAUAAGUGGACCAAAAAAAAGAAUCAUGUUUCCUGUUAGAGAGGACGUCUACAGAUCAAGUCAUAAAGCUUCUAAACAGGUUUCCUUCGGUUUAGUUUGGAGGAGUUGCAAAGCAAAAGGUUGGGAGGAUUGAAAAUAGUUUUAUUUAUUAGAAUGGGAGACAGUCAUUAAUCUAGAGUGUGUCUCGUUUCUGUGGUUAGAAUAAAAGAGGAAUAACAAUAGAAAACACUCCUGAAAUUUAACCUUUAGGUUAGGUUUAGAGAUCUGUCGUGUUUUCAGAUUUGAUCCAGCAUGGAUCUAAUCCCCUUAUAAUCCUAAAUUUUUACGAAACCCAAUUAAAUGUUUGUGCAGAAUAUUCAUUCUUUUCUGACCUUUUUUUCUCUUGCAUCUAAAACUAAAUAAUUGAAGUUGCUGAAACAGCAAAAAGAAAACUUUACUUGGGAUUUUGUCUGCAGAUGUGUUUCUGUUUUUUAUUUUUCCCGCUGAGAUUUGGCACGCUUGUUCGUGUUUUGUAUUUUAAGAGCCCUUUGGGUUCGGUGAGGGUCAGGGCCGAGAUGGUGGGAGAGCUGGAGACUAGUAAGUACAACAGAAGGUACUGGGAAUGAGAAUCUGAUGAGUUUCUGAUGGUUUUGGAUGUGAAAUGUCAGAAGAUGAGAGGAAGUUGGUGAUUUUUAAAAUUCCUUUGGUGGGUUUGUCUUCCAACACUUGAUUUUGUAAAAUACUUCCUGUUGUAUAUGUGGCAUUGAGGCAUUCUGUGAUUCUCUUUAUAUUUUUGUAUGUCAAUCAUUGUUCCUGCUCUGAUCAGAGGUUAUUAUUUAAGAAGAUUUAUAUCCUAAACAAAUAAAAAAUAUGCUCUA